AUGCGUCUAUGGCUGCAUUUGCAUACUCCGCCGGGUUGUUCGAUUUUGGUCAUCAUAGUGACUCUGAAUAUUCUAGAUGCAGAGGUUCACCGAUGUUGCUCAUCUUUGGACAUGCUUUUCCCACUUUCCUGUCGAUACGUGAUAAUGGGGUGUGUUCAGCUUGCCCAAAUCGCUUGUGGACCAGCAAAGUUGUUGGGUCAAUGGGAAACCCGAUUCCACAUUACUCAUCCUCGUGCUCACUUAAUCGAAUUUUACAACGACGCCCAUUUUGACAUGCAAAACGAAAGUGACGUGGGUCUGCCGCUCGGCAAGAGUUACUUGUCUUCGGACCAAAAGUCCCCAGGACAAAUGAAUAAUUCAUGGGGCGGACAGGGAAGGGAGGAGAGCAAAAUGGGACCUGCUUACUAG